UUCCCUUCGGUGACUACACCCAGAGAGGAGGAGCGUGGAGCGCAGCGUAGUAGGCGUCAGGAUCCUCAAUUUCCAACUUAGCAUCUUGGCAGGACAUUUUCCCAAGCAAAACCCCAGUCAGACGGGUAAAAAAUAAAAGUUCUGCACUGGAAUGAGAGCGGCGGUCCAAGUCCGGUGAAGGAGCAGCAGAAAGACGAAACGACACUGAACGUCCGACGGAGAGUUGCUGCCUGCCUGAAAAGCUUGUUUUGAUUUAAACAGUCUAGCUGACUUCACCAUUGUCACUUCGGAGCGGACGGGCAGCUGGUCUGCAGACACGCAGCUCUAUGCGCUCCGACAGCAGCGCCUGAGAACAUAAUAAGGGGGAGAAAGUGCGCAAGUUAAGUGGCUUACACUCUCCGGGCUCCAGCAGCAUGGCGUAUCCUCAGGGUUACUUGUACCAGCCGUCCGCUUCUUUAGCCCUGUAUUCAUGCCCUGCGUACAGCACCAGCGUCAUAUCGGGACCCAGAACUGAGGAACUUGGGAGAUCCUCCUCGGGAUCUGCGUUCGCGCCCUAUGCCGGAUCUACUGCGUUCAGCAGCGCCUCGCCAGGCUACAACUCCCACUUACCGUACAGUGCAGACGCGGCGGCAGCUGCCACAUUCACCUCGUACGUGAGUUCUCCAUAUGACCACACCACUGGCAUGGCCGGUUCAAUAGGAUACCAUCCUUACGCAGCACCUUUGGGCACCUACCCCUACGGGGACCCUGCUUACCGCAAAAACGCGACCCGGGACGCCACCGCCACCCUCAAGGCCUGGCUCAACGAGCACCGCAAGAACCCCUACCCCACCAAGGGUGAGAAGAUCAUGCUGGCCAUCAUCACCAAAAUGACCCUCACUCAGGUGUCCACCUGGUUCGCCAACGCCAGGAGGAGGCUAAAGAAGGAGAACAAGAUGACCUGGACGCCCCGGAACCGAAGCGAGGACGAGGAGGAAGACGAGAAUAUCGAUCUGGAGAAAAAUGACGACGACGAGCCAAACAAGCCCUUAGAUAAAGGAGACUCCACAGACACAGAAGCAGAUCACAAACUGAACCCAGGGGACAUAAGCUGCGAUCGAUUCAAAGAGGAGAGCCACGGAAAAGAGGUGGAUCCUCUUCUGAGCGACUCGGAGUUAAAGGAGCAGGAGGAGCGGACUACAGAGCUGCUGCCGGAUGCCGCAAAACCGACCACUUCGUCUCCCUCGGCGGUGCCCCGGGGGAACCCAACGCCACAAGACAAGCCGUCAGAUUUGAGCCACGCGGCGAGCACGGUGACCGGCAACGUCACCUCUGUCAUCCACUCGCCCCCCUCGGCUCCCAAACCCAAACUGUGGUCCCUUGCGGAGAUCGCCACGUCCUCAGACAGGUGUAAAGGCAGCGGCGACGCGCCGCCGCCGUGUCCCGGUUUGCCUCAGAGCGCAGUGAUGGGCACCAGCGCGUCACCUUCCCGGUCCUCCCCCCAGUGCCCUCUUCCCAACAGCACGGUCCUAUCCAGGCCUCUGUACUACACCUCCCCUUUCUACCCCGGCUACACGAACUAUGGGGGCAGUUUUGGACACCUUCACAGUAACCACGGCUCGGUAACCACGAGCUCCACGGCACAUUUCAAUGGAUUAAACCAGACUGUGUUAAAUAGAGCUGAGGCUUUGGUAAGGGAGAGCCAGAAAGUCAGAGGCCAAACGCAGAUAGAUCUUUGUAAAGACUCCCCUUACGAACUAAAGAAAGGUAUGUCAAAUAUUUAAUACCUGAAUAUUUUCCUCUCACCACGGACUUCUAUUUAUUUUAUUUGUAAUUUUUUUGUGGUUGCAUCUAAAAACAAAAUGACAGUGAUAAAUCCAAUUUUGAAAACAGUUAUUUUCUGAGUAAAUGCUUAUCUUCAGAUUUUUUAGUUUCUGAAUGGUUAAUCCUAAAAAAAUGUAAUUGUGGUCUUAAUCGCUGCAGCCGCCUGAGUCUAUUUGUAUGAAAGACUAACAUGUAUAUUUAAUGUAGCAUUUUUGUAUUUAAAAAUGGACAAUACACUAUCUUUGAAGUAAAUUAUGAAGAAAAAAAUCGUGUUCAGCGAUUAUUUGAGGGAAAGGCUGCCUGUCCACUUCCUUUAGGCCAUUUAAUCUAAGCGAAAGACUUUUUUUGCACGAUGACAGAUGGUUUAAAUGUACGUUUAUCUGGAAAAAAAGAGUUGUCAUGGACUCUUGCAAAAAAGAAAAGAUCUGCGCUCAGUUAAAGGAUGGUGCAAUAUUUAAUAAAAGAUGAAGAUGGGUCAGAUAAGUCUUGCUCACAAAAAAAA